CAUUCACAGCUCAGGGACAUCUGGCCACAGACGCGCUGUGCCGUGCGCCUGGCUCUGACAUCACAGCUACAGUUACAGAUAUGGCAAUGCCAGACUCUGCUGCAGUCUAGUCGUCUUGAAACGGACGUAGACUCAAGCCACCAACAUGUCCCACAGCUGGUCGACCAAAGAGCACAAAAACGCACCCACCGCCACUGGACAGAAACGUACGCGUAAUGACGGGGGGAACAAAGUAACGGUGGUGCUCGGUGCGCAAUGGGGAGACGAGGGCAAAGGAAAAGUGGUCGACCUUCUGGCCACGGAGGCUGAUAUUGUCUGCAGAUGUCAGGGUGGCAACAAUGCAGGACACACAGUGGUGGUGGAUGGCAAAGAAUAUGACUUCCACCUGCUCCCCAGUGGAAUCAUCAACCCCAAAAGCAUAUCACUUAUUGGUAAUGGUGUUGUUAUACAUCUUCCCGGCCUUUUUGAGGAGUGUGAAAAAAAUGAGAAAAAAGGACUGAGAGGCUGGGAGAAGAGGCUGAUAGUGUCUGACAGAGCCCAUAUUGUGUUCGACUUCCACCAGGUUGUUGAUGGUCUACAGGAAACAGAGCGACAAGCACAAGAAGGAAAGAAUAUCGGAACAACCAAGAAGGGCAUUGGACCUGCAUACUCUAGCAAAGCAUCUCGAACUGGACUGCGCAUUUGUGACCUUCUGGGUGACUUUAAGGACUUCUCUACCAAGUUCAAGAAUAUUGUCCACCAGUAUCAAAACAUGUACCCCUCCUUGGUGGUUGAUGUGGAGGACCAAUUAAAAAAGCUCAAGGAAUAUGCUGAAAGAUUGCGGCCAAUGGUUAGAGAUGGGGUCUACUACAUGUAUGAAGCACUACAUGGAUCUCCCAAGAAAAUUUUGGUUGAAGGGGCCAAUGCCGCUCUCCUUGACAUUGACUUUGGCACAUAUCCUUUUGUGACAUCGUCAAACUGCACUGUGGGUGGGGCCUGCACUGGUCUGGGCAUCCCUCCUCUUAAUAUUGGUGAUGUGUUUGGCGUUGCAAAGGCGUACACGACUAGAGUGGGAAUUGGAGCCUUCCCAACAGAACAACUUAACGCAAUAGGCGAUCUUCUGCAGUCAAGGGGUCAUGAAGUGGGUGUGACCACAGGACGGAAGCGUCGAUGUGGCUGGUUGGAUCUUGUUAUUGUCAGAUAUGCUCACAUGAUAAAUGGCUUCACUGCCAUUGCCAUGACAAAACUUGACAUUUUAGAUGUGCUCGAUGAAAUCAAAGUGGGUGUUGCCUACAAGCUAAAUGGGAAAAGAAUUCCUCACUUCCCUGCCAAUAUGGAUGUCUUGCAAAAAGUGGAGGUUGAAUAUGAAACUUUCCCUGGAUGGAAGACUGAUACAUCUGCAGCCAGAAAGUGGAGUGACCUUCCUGCAAAGGCACAGAACUACAUCCGAUUCAUCGAGAAUCAUAUUGGAGUACCAAUCAAAUGGGUUGGUGUUGGGAAGUCCAGAGAGUGCAUGAUCCAGAUGUUCUAGAAGACAUCAGAGAAUACUUCACCAAGCACAAAUAAUAAAAUCUGAUACAGGAAA